UCCACCUAUCUCGUCUAUGUACACUUUAGUGGUGGAAUAACCGUUUUUGUUGGAGGAAUGCCUCGUGCGAACUACGGUGAAAAGAGAACCGUCAGUCUUUUACGCGGCUCUAAUUUGGACAAGGCUGCCACAGAUGCUGUUAUUCGUGCCGAAGCACAAGCGUUAUCUGACGGUGACGAAGAAGAUGAGGAAGAGGAAGAAGACGACCGGUUAUAUCGGCAGGAAGAGAGGACGGAAGAAGGGCCAAUCGCAUCCACCCCACAUCGCCGACUACACCCAGCUCUCAUUACCGAACCAGUACAUGUAUUUGAUCCCGAUGCUCGAGAGCACGUUUGCCUUGAUCUUCCAUCUCCAGUUGUCGAUGUCUUAGCCAUUGGAGGCUGCCCCGCUGCCAGUAGGACUCAACUGGGCGACAGCGAUAGUUGCAUGGGUCCUGUACAAGCGCUACUCAUCCUCUGUGAAGAAGAACUGGUUGCCGUCGACCUGGUCUCUUCAGGCUGGCCCUACUUCCGGCCACCCUAUUUGACUACUCUGCACGCCUCCACUCUCACUACGCACUGCCUCGUCACUCAAGUGGGUUCUUGCAAUUCCUUUUAA